AUGUGGUUGCUACAAGCAAUUUUAUUUGGACUGAGCUUCAGCACGCUUCAUGGCUACGACAUGACACAUGUGGGUUUCAUUGCUUUUGUAGGCUUAUUGAUAACGUAUCUGCAUGACUAGUUGCUUAGGUUUUUGGUUUAGUAAGGUUAGGCUUUGGCUUGGGAAGGUCAAGCUUUUUCGGUAAGGUCAGGCUUUGUUAUAGUAAGUUUGGUUUAGUAGACCUAGGCUGAUUAAUUUUUUUCUUAGUAGGUUCAGGCUAAGUAGGCUUAGUUUUGGUAGGCUUAGGUUAAGUAGGCUUAGACUUAGUAGACUUUGUCUUGGUGGGCGCAGAUUAAGUAGGCUUAAACUUAGUAGGCUUAGGCUUAGUAAGCUUAGGCUUAGUAGAAUUGUACAGGAAAAGCUCAGGCUUAAUGGGAUUUUGUUCAACUUGAUCAAUCUUAGUAAACUUACAAUUAGUCUGGUUGGACUUAGUAGGCUUAAGCUAAGUAAUCUUAUGUAAAGUAGGUUUAGGCUGAGGUUUCUUUUGGAAAGCUUUGUGCUAACUUGUGUUUAGCAUAGAUUAGACUAGCAUUAGGAUUAAAAAGUAUAUUAGGUAUAAUUUGUUGUAAAUUCUCGAUUUGUUUGAGCGUAUUAACAUUUGGGAUGGAAGACUUCCGAUUACUUGCCCACCAUACUCAAUUGUCACACACGAUGGUCAAACUUGUUUGUUUCGUUCCCACUAUGAUUAUUGUCCAGAGGAUAGUUUUUGGAUAAGAACGGCACAGCAUACUGGAAUGAUUGUGUACCGCGAGCAAGAUAACAUUACGAAGUUUGCGUGGGAAAUGGCCGCCAUUCAUCUUAGUUGUGGUCAAUACUCGGACGAAAAAUUUGCGUUUUGGUAUGAGUCAUCAUCCAAGUAAGUUGUUUAAAAUUUUUUAUUUGUUAAUGGUUAGGCUUGAGCUUUAGGUUUAGCUUUUUGGUUGCGGUUGGGUUUAGCCUUGGACUUAGCGUUACGCUCAGGUUUAUGUUUAGGCUUAUUCUCAAGUUUAGGCUUAGGUUGAGGCUUUGGCUGACAAGGAAAGUUGCCCCGCUCAGAAUCAGCUCAAAAUUUUUAUAUGAAUUCUUUGUACCACCAAUAGUACCCAUAAACUUUGUACCACCAAUAGUACCCAACAAAUUAUAGCUCGCGCUUUUGAGUUUUAAACUAAAAUUAUUUGGCUUUCCCGCCAAUUUGGCAUUGUUUUUUUAGGAAACAUUCGUUUGUACAUUGUGGUGGUGGGUCGAGAGAGGCAUCCGACUUAAACGGUAAAUAUCAUCCCGUUUGUUCCGUCAAACGUUGGGCGCCAUAUAAUGAAACUACAGUUAGCGUUGCUGAAGUUGCUGAUGAUUUCCGUACGUUUUUUUUUUGUAUUUGGAUUUAGUUGUAUUCAGGGACGCGGAGUGAGGGUUUUUUGCUAUGUCUACUCUAGGGCAAGCCGGGCACUCACCUUGCCUGUAGCAUUUGGUUGAGCAGACUGUAAGCUAUAUUGAGGUUGAAGUUUACUAGACGUGGUUUUAUUAGUGAUUUGACUGUGUUUUUGUACUUGUUAAUUUUUCCACUUUUCAGACCACUACUACGUGACUUACGAGGCAGGCGGCGACAACGGUAUGUUUUUAAUUAUUGGCAAUAUUUUAAAAUUUAUUUUAUUUUUUAAAGGUUAUUUUAAUUAUGACUUUCAAGAAAAUGUCAUUAUAAUCGAAGGGCUCUCGUUAUUCUUGUUUUUAAAAUUAUAAAAUGGCAUAUUGUACUUUGUGGAAAGCCUUUAUGAUCUAUAUUGUUUUAGGUAUCUUCCCGUACUCGAACAAGUUUGUCGAAGCCGUGAACAGUAAAGCAGUAGUGUCAACUUCAAUCAGAAAAGAAGGCGACAAGCUUUUUAGCACGAACGGUUACGGUGUGCAAGGCGGCGGCAAGUACGAUAAGAUGGUGGAUAAAGCUUGUUUAUUUGCCGAAGGGUAAGAGAUGAUUAAAUUUUAAUCAUUUUGGCAUUUAAAGUUGGUUUAAAUUUUAAAUUUUUAUGUUUCAGAACGUGCGCCGGUGUUACCAGUAAGAACAAGUUCCAAGAAACGGCCAGAAUCGAUUGA